AUGUCUUCACCUUCGCCCCUGCUCGACGUCUGGGAGGCUGCUUCCGGCAAUCCCUACUACCCGACCGUCGCCAAAAACGCCCAAUUCACUGUCGGCUUUUCGUUGCUGUUCAUUGCCUUUAUCUUGUCUGGCAUCUUCGGCCUCAACCGUUCGCUGAUCACGCUGCCCACUCUCGGUGUUCCCGCGUCGCUGGCCUUUGGAUUCGGAGCAGUCUACAUGAUUUGCGCGGUCGGAGUUUACGUCUAA